GGCGCUCGGGUGUGCACCAAGCGAAGUGGAAGCGGGGACACACCCUCCUGUCACCGCCCCAGUCGGCGGGGCGGGCUGAGCCCACAGCGGGCUGGGCUCUGGCGGCAGGAGGAUGCGUCGCUGAUGCCAGGAGCUCGGGCCGGGCAGGAGGAUGCUCCCGAGCGGGCUCUCUCUGGGACGGUCGAGGCUGCUGCAGACGAUCCGAGCCCGCGACCGUGCGUGUCCGAGGUCACGGCCACCCACACCCCAGGUUUUAUAUAUGAAAGUGUAUGGAAAUCCAAAAUACUACCAAGCCCUCCAUUAUGGAACAGUGAUGCCACCUGAUGAAAUAACAGUUAACUAUAGACAUGGUCUUCCCUUGGUGACCCUCACCCUGCCAUCCAGAAAAGAGCGCUGUCAGUUUGUGGUCAAGCCAAUGUUGUCGACAGUGGGCUCCUUCCUUCAGGACUUACAAAAUGAAGACAAAGGCAUCAAGACUGCGGCCGUCACCACAGCAGAUGGCAGUGAGAUUCCAGCUUCAACGUUGAUGGACACUUUGCUAACGAAAGACUUUAAACUCGUCAUUAACAAACUAGCAUACGAUGUCCAGUGUCACAAGAAAGAAAAACCAACUGAAGUGCACGUGACUGAGAUGGAAAACAUGAAAUCCUUGGUUCACAGACUAUUUACAGUCUUGCAUUUAGAAGAAUUCCAGAAGAAAAGAGAGCGCCAUCUGAUGGCAAAGAUUGACCACCUGAAGGAGCAGCUGCAGCCCUUGGAGCAGGUCAAGGCUAGAAUAGAAGCUCAGUCGGAAGCCAAGACCAGCGGACUCCUGUGGGCAGGCUUAGCUCUGCUCUCCAUGCAGGGAGGCGCACUGGCCUGGCUUACUUGGUGGGUGUACUCCUGGGACAUCAUGGAGCCAGUCACGUUCUUCCUGACGUUUGCCAACUCCAUGGUCUUUUUUGCAUACUUCAUCAUAACGCGGCAGAACUACACUUACGCGUCUGUGCGGAGCAGACAAUUCCUUCAGUUCUUCCACAGGAAAUCGCAAGGACAGCGCUUUGAUGUGGAGCUAUACAACAAGUUAAAGGAGGACCUGGCUGAGGCUACAGAAUCCCUGGAGAACGUGCGCCACUCCCUCCGUUUCCGAAUGCCAGGAGAGGAACUCAGUGAGAAGACUUAGGUUUUUAAACGUCCCAGGGCUAUUGCACCAAUUUCGUAACUUACCAAUUGGACAUUUUUAAGGUCCUGUUCAUUUCCAUUUGAUGGUUUCAGACAUUGUUUGGUUAAUAAAUUUGAUGCCUGGUUUGUGGA